ACCGCUAUCAUGGCUAGUCAAAUACAAUUGACUUUCUUCCUCGGGAUCAUAGUGUGCAUAGUGCAUAGUACACCUCUUACUAUCGAAGAAAGCAAUGAUCCUGGGCAAAAUGUAGAAAUAAGAGCGAAUCUUGAUAAAGUAGUUGAUACUCUAUUGCCUGUCGUACGUCAACUCAUUUUGAACAAUGAAAUGGAUCCUAUGCAACUCCCCAACGUUUCUACACAUAUUUUCCCACAUUUGACUGGAAAACUCAAGGGAAAUCUCGACCUCAAGAAUGGAUGGAUACAAAAUUUAUCGCUGGUAAAGCGCACCCAACAUGUAACUGCAAAAUAUAAGGACUUACUUUUGACGAUGGAUAUGAAUUUGGGAUUUGAAGUUAUAAGCUUUAAUUACGAUUAUAAUCUUAAGCAUUUACUAUAUAAGAGAAAAGGUAAUGUGUAUGGUCGUUUACACAACCUUGAUGUCAACGUCGUGGUGGUGAUUGAUCUAAAUAAAUACUACUUACUUCUCGAUUCCAUAAAGUUCUCUAAUGUCUGGAAAUUCGAUCUACAAUUCGGGGGUAAUCUUCUGGAUCCUGUUGUGAACGCCUUGACUAAAAUAAUCACAGUGGUUUUCCGAAACCCCAUAUUACACGUCAUUGAGAAUCGUGUUAAAUCGAAUUUCGGCAUACAACUUGAUAUAUGGAACACAAAUACUUCACAGUCAAAUCGCACGACAAUAAUAGAUAAAUGGCUCGACAUUGCAAAAUCGAAAUUUAAUAAUUAAUCCUUGUUAUUAUACGGUAUAUUCAUGAUUUUGUAGCCUAAAAAUAUAAGCCAAUUAAAUCAU